GAUAUUAACGUCAUUUGUCAAAUAUUGUUUAAUUAUUGUUUGACGCUUACCACUAACCAUGUUUUCGUCAGCCGCUCUUUAUUUAUAAUUCGCGAGUUUUUUUUAAUUUCAAACGGACAAAUUCCAUUUAUAAUUGCCAGUGUUCCUACUCUUUUUAGGUGCCUUCGGAAUAUGGGAUUAGAAAACAUGCGUCGUUGGCCAAUGUAUAUUGUGUUUGCCGUGUGUUUCUUACUUACCCUUUCACUAUUUAAUAGUUGGAGUAUGGAGACCGAAUUACAAAAGAAAGUAAGUGAACUUAGUACUCAAUUACAAGAAUGCUCAAAACAGCAAACGACUUGCAUGGAAGAAUCUCUGCGUCAUUCACAACAAAAGGAUAGUUUUAACACAAAAAUAAAUCAAUUGGAGAAUCAGAAAGUUCAAUUAUCGAACGACUUGACGGAUUACAAGGAUAAACUUUCCAAAUCGGACGCAAAAGUUAACCGUACUUUGGUUGAUGUCGAAUUAUGUAAAACGGAACUGCAAUCACUACAGAAUUUACAAGUGAGUAAAUCAGCUACUUUGGAUACAUUGCGACUGGAAAAGGAGACAUUGACCAGUCAGUUAGAAGAACGUAAACAGAAAAUUGAUGAGCUUGAAAAGGAAAUAUUGAGGUUGAAAGCAUCUAUGACUACUAAGAGUGCUCCCAAUCCUCCAGUGCCAUCAAAGGUCACACCAGCUCAGCCACCAAAACUAAGUUCUUCACUCAAUGCCCUAAACCCAGUCAAUGAACCUGUUAUUGAGGAUAAUGCCAGGGAAGAAAUUGAAGACGCAAAUGUAUUCAAUGAUGGCAAUGACAUUGAUCCACAGUUGUAACAACCUGCCCAUUAUUUAGUACCCAAGGCCUCAUGGUUAUGAUAAAAAUGUGUUUUUUAUUACUUUGAGGCUUUUUGUUAAGAUAUUUUACAAUUGUUACAGUAUUGUCAAGAUUGUUAAAAAUUAGUGAUUCUCAAUUCUCCCAAUAAGCAAUUAGUAAGUAUUGAAUUGUUAAACAUGUUGAUGAAAAGAGAUAUUUGAAAUCAAAUUAAUUUUGCCAUUGAAUUCACCUUUGUAUAAAUCUUUUAUGUCAAUUAUUGAUAAAUAGUAGUAGUAAAUAGUAAAUUGAUAAAGUUUAAUACAAUAAAUACUCUAAAUUAGUCACCGAAUAAGUUGGUAAAUUGUUGUUUAAAUUUAAUGUGAUUUAAAAGGGUAGCUUCAUCACAACUUUAUUACUCUCCAUCAACAUGUGAAACUGUAUCAAAUAUGGUGCUCAUGAUAUAAUUAAAUAAAAGAUUUAAAUGUUCUAGAAUCUAAACUUUUGACAUUGAAAACAUUUUGACAAUGUCCCAUCCAAUGAAAACUAUUGUUGCAAUAUAAUUACUCACUUAAAAAUAUAAUUUGCUUAUGAAUACAUGAAUUUCUUCCAUUAUAUAUAUAAUCAAUGCAUUGUAUAUUAGUAAUAUAAGUACUGCAUGAUAUUUUCUCAAGUACAUAGUAAUAUUUAGAAAUUAAUUGGUACCUACUGUAAAAUUAUAAUUGGGUAUUUGAGGUAUUUUAAUAUUCUAGAAAUUAUUUGAUUAUUAUGGACUGGAUAGAUCUUGACCUAUAUUUAAUGUUGCAUUUGUGUUUCAAACAAGAUUUUAUUUAUAUUUGGUGAAAUUUGUUAUUUGUCAAACAUAAACAUAAUAUCCUCUUACCUUCAAUAUAAUGAACAUAUUGCAUUAACAAUAACAAUGUGGGUAAAGAGGGCCAAGUAUUUAUCCUCCUACUAUUGAAAAGUUUAUAAAACUUAGAAUCCACCUAGACAGUAAAAUCAUGAAUAUAGUAAUUACAUCCUCAGCCUCAAUGCCUUGGAAAUAAAAGUAUUAUUUGAAUUUUUGUUAUUGUAUAUUAGUGAGGCUUUCAAUGUUUCUUUUUACUAAAAACAUUUUUACUACUUCAUUCCUCUUAGCAUUUUAUAUAAUGAAUUUGAACCCACUAUUAAUAUGGGUGUUAGGAUUAGUUGCUAUUAUUGUAUAUUCUACAAUUAUAUCACAAUUAUUAAAACAUCAGGUAUGUGUGCAUUUUCUGUGGACAUCUAUGUCACAUAGUAUCUUAUGCUGGAUACAAACUUAGCCCCAUUGCUAGAAAAUAAAUAUUGUUUAUUUUUUAUGGUUUUGAAAAUUGUUGCAGAAUUGAUUUGAAAACAAAAAUAUGUAUAGUGUAUAGUAAUAGGUCAAAAAGUAAACAGAAAUGGUAUUAAAUAGCAGAUACUGACAACUUACAAAAUGUUUUUAGCUUAUGAAUCUAUAGUUCCAGUAUUUAUGGUUGUUAAUAUUUAACAUAAUAUGGUAUGUAUGCAGCAUAGAUUACUAAUUGUAUGAGUAUUUUUUUAUAUUUAAAAUUAUUUGCCAUAAUGGUGCCAGAAAUAUAGAUCUGUCAAUAA